CUGUCUCUUUAAGAGUUUGAGCUGCUGGCCUGUUUGAAUAUUUGGUUUGUGGAGGAGUUUUGGCGAAACUGCAGAGUUUGGAAAUUCUCUACUUUAUAAUAUAUAAAAGAUUUAGAACACUCACUUCAAAUCAACAAGCCAGCAUUAUUUUACUUGAAAAUCUGGGAAAUCCGGAAAAGAAGGACUGGGAAAAAUAAAACGAGAAAGAAAAGGAGAAGGGAAAACUGGAAACUUACUAACAUUAUGUGCUCCAUCUUCAAAGUCGCAGGCCGUCACACACAAAAUCUAACUAAACCAUGAGAAGAAAACCCGUUUUAGUCAUCAGGGAUCAAUUCCAUUUUUAUUUUAAUUAAACCGGGUAGUGUACGCAACUUGUCUGUUUUGUUUUUGUACGGUACGUCGUAAUGUUUUGAAAAUUACUGAAGGAAUAAAACCAACUACUGUACAUGACAACAUACCUUUUUAAAUUGAAAUCAUACAAAUCAACAUGGUAGUUUUUAAAUUUUAAAUCUCAUAAAGGCUAUUACACUAGUAAUCUGAAUGUUGUACAGCGUAAUCAUUUUCUUCCGGUUUUGGGAUGUCACAUUCAUCUUUUUGCAACGACAUUUUUUAUAGACAUAAUUUAAAAUAGUGUGUAUUGAGAUGUUCUCCGGAUUGUUAAAAGUAUUUUUUUUUAACGUUUCUGAAUGUUUCUACAGCUUGUGCCUAAUGAGUGAUGAUAACACCUGUUGCUUCCCCACCCGUGUCUAACACGAACUGACCCAAACAAAAGGCAACAGGCGGAGAGAAUUUUAUGGACUGUAAAUUAGUUUAUUUGGCAUUGACAGUGUUUUGUACAUAUCCACGUUUGUUUAUGAAAAUAAGCAGAAGAUGAAAGUAACAGUGAGUUUUGGAAGGACUGGAGUGGUUGUCCCUUGCAGAGACGAGUGGACAGUCAGAGAGUUGAUACAACAAGCAACUCAAAGAUACAUUAAAACGCUGGAAAAGGAUGGGAAUUACUCAGUAAAGAUUCAUCACAUUGAAUACAUAGAUGGAGGAAUACUGGAUCCAGACGAUGUUUUAGCAGAUCUUGUGGAUGACAAGGAUAAGCUUAUUGCUUACUACGAGGAGCAGGAGACACAGCAGAGAGAGGGCCUUAAUGGCAGCCUGACAGGAAGACGGAGCCCCCCAGACAACUUUGAGAAUGGAGUGUCUGCCCAUCUUGCUGUCUUCCAGCCAAUCAGCGGAGAGAUUGAGGUCAACUCUUCUGCACUGAAAUCAAGCACACCACUCCUGGUGCGGCGGAGCAGCGACCCGGCACUUGGCCCACCUGCUGAAUUUCACACAGGUGUUUCACAUCCGCAGGAUUCCAGUCUGAAGCCCAGCACCACGGGAGUAAACCAAGCAUUGACAGAUAAGGGGGGAGCUGACCAGAGCCGAAGAGCAGAAGUGGAGACAACCCAAAUGCAGCAAAUCGUGUACAGUGGCCUGGCAAGGACGGUGACGAUUGCUGGAGAUGCUGGACCCCUGGGGAUCCAUGUAGUGCCCUACAUUUCAUCUCUCAGUGGAAGGGCACUUGGUCUGUACAUCCGUGGUGUGGAAGAAAACAGCAGAUCCAAAAGGGAAGGCCUUUUUCAAGACAACGAAUGCAUUGUCAAAAUCAAUGAUAUAGACUUAAUGGACAAAUCAUUUGCUCAAUCGCAAGAGUUGUUCCGACAAGCCAUGAAAAAUCAUACUGUCAGCCUUAAUGUGCUACCUGCACCCAACAGAGAUAUAUAUGAAAAGAAUCUGAUUGGUCACCUGUACAGCCUAGAGAAUGAAAACAGUGUUCCGAAGCUCCAGGUUCCACUCCCUGUGAAACCCAAGCCUGCUCCAGCCAAUCAGAAACUGGAGAUUGGACACCCUCCAAUGCCUCAGAACACUAGCCUCUCUCCGACUAAGAAUACCAAUGAAAAUACAUUGGUGAAAAAGAACUCCUCUUUAUCCCCUCUAGUAGGGUUUGGCAGCAAGAAAAUAGGCAAGAAAAUCAAAAUUGACCUCAAAAAAGGUCUAGAGGGCCUGGGUUUUACAGUAGUAACCAGAGACUCCUCAGUCCACGGGCCUGGUCCCAUCCUGGUGAAAAACAUACUGCCAAGAGGAGCUGCUGUGAAAGAUGGCAGAAUGCAGUCUGGAGACAGGAUCUUGGAGGUGAAUGGCACGGACAUCGCUGGGAAAAGCCAAGAAGAACUGGUUGCUAUGUUACGAGGCACCAAACAAGGAGAAACAGUCUCUCUCAUUGUGGCAAGGCAGGAAGAAGUCUUCUUACCUCGAGAGCUGAAGGGGGAGCAGGACUGUGCCAUCCCCUUCCAGGAGGGUAAGGAGCAGAUGAUGUUCGAAGUCCCUCUGAAUGACUCCGGCUCAGCUGGGCUGGGAGUGAGCCUGAAAGGGAACAAAUCCCGAGAGACCGGAGCAGACCUUGGAAUUUUCAUUAAAUCCAUCAUCCAUGGCGGGGCUGCCUAUAAGGAUGGGCGCCUGAGGGUGAAUGACCAGCUCAUAGCAGUGAACGGGGAGUCUCUGCGGGGGAAAUCCAACCACAAGGCCAUGGAGACUCUGCGCCGCUCCAUGUCGAUGGAGGGAAACAUUCGGGGGAUGAUUCAGCUGGUUGUGGCCAGGAGGCUGGAAAAACAAAAUGAGGAGCAUUAUGAUUCUGGAACACUUCAGAGCCGAGCUGUGGACAGCCAUCAAGGUUGGCAAUCAACUAAUAGGCCCAACGACCCUAUCCAACCAACUAUGGUGACUAACGAUAUAUACGAAAGGAUAGCUGUGAAUAAGCCAAUAACGAACGGGAGACAUGAAGACGAGGAGGACGAAGAAUAUGGCGAGGAGGAUGAUGACCUGCUACCCCCACCGCUUCCACCCCACCCUAACGAUGAGCUGCUAAUGCAAACAACUCCUCUAAGACCAGAACACCACGGGAGCUUGGAGCCGGGUGUGACAGCGCAUUUGAAAAAACCUCAUCCAGGCCUGGAUCCCUCGCAGCAGCAGCAGCCAGAAUCCAGCAAACUGAAGACUUCCAAAAGCAUGGAUCUUGUGGCAGAUGAAAGCAAUGUUGGAUCACUGGCUGGACAGAAGUCAGGCGCUUCUCCCAGUCGAGACGUUGGUCCCACCUUGGGUUUGAAGAAGUCCAGCUCUCUGGAGAGCUUGCAGACAGCUGUAGCCGCGGUCAGGAAGAAUGAUGUGCCCUUCCACAGACCAAGGCCUCACAUGGUACGGGGGCGAGGCUGUAAUGAGAGCUUCCGAACUGCCAUUGACAAAUCCUACGAUGGCCCUCCAGAAAUGGAAGAGGAUGGAUUGUCUGAUGCGAGUUCAGGCCGCGAUACCCCAGCCAGCGGAUCUUCACGACAGGGCUUCAGAGACACAGACGAAGCCAAGAAAGACAAGAAGAAGAAAAACAAAGACAAGAAGAAAGAAAAAGUGAAAGACAAAGGAAAAGACAAAGACAAGAAGAGGGCUGAAGAUGCAGAGGAACAGGAGAAGAAAGGCAAAAAGAAAGGAUUUGGAGCAAUGCUGAGGUUUGGCAAAAAGAAGGAUGAGAAGGGAAAGCCGGAACAGAAGAUUCUUAACAAACAGAGGUCUGAAAUGCUAAGUGAGGAGGAACUUGAGAAAAUGAAAGAAGAGAGAGAGAGGAUUGAAGCGAAACACCAGGAGCUGAGGGAGAAGCAAGCCAAAGUGAAAUAUGAUCACGUUCCUGCUCAUGGUCCCCCACUGCCUGAUUUUGAGGAUGACGUAGCCGACCCAAACUAUGCACAAAUCAACAACUUCAGGGAAAAGGCACCGCCCCAGAGUGUGUACAGGUCACCCUCCCCACACCUGCCCCCUGCACCCAUUAACUACCAGAGGGACCCUCCUGCAGAUCAAGAGCAUCUGGAAGGACUCUACGCCAAGGUUAACAAACCUCGAAGCCAGCCCGCUCCGCAUGCUGACAGCGGACAGGGCGCAGCCAGCAAUGUAGACCGGAUCCAGCGACUGAGGAAGGAGUAUCACCAGGCCAGAAGAGAGGGGGUCGCUCCCCCAUACGAGGAAAUCGAAGGAAGAUGGAGAGGCCCUGACUAUGAGCACAGGGUACCUGGAAGAGGACAUGAAGCACGUCCAGCUGUGCCGCGCUACGAAGACAUAGAGAGGCAGUAUGCAUCUCUACCCAGGAGGGGGCCAGUGGAUCUUGACGAUUACCCAAAGCAUCCACGGCCUGCAUAUGGGGAACGAGAGCACCCAUCCUACCCAGGACUCCAGCCUGCGUUCCUGCCUUAUCCUGCCAGGGGCAACUACCCCCGGCCGCCUGAUCACAGGGGGGUGGACCCCAGGCAGAUAGACCCAGGCUACUACCCACCACCUCCACCCAGGGGACCCAAACGUCAAGACGUGCCACCUUCUCCCGCUGCUCUGAGAGGCCCUCGUUUCGAGACUGCAGGCAGGACGUACCACGGGUCCAGCCCAGAACCUUACAGCUACGGGGACAACCGGAAUCCGGACCCACGGCAAAAAAACACAAUGACAGCAGCUGUAUAGCAUGCAGAGGGGGGAUGAUGCCAACACCAGGGACGGUUUGUAAUUCAGUAUCUUAUUGAAGGAUUUUCUUUUUUGUCCUUUUUUAAAAGUGAUAAAUCCACUGAAAUGAAGUUUAAGAGCAGUAAUUAUUUAUAGCUUGGUUUCACGUAUUUGGACUGAAGUAGGCAUUUCCUUCUGUCUGUCAGUUCCUUAGGUUUCUUCUUUUUUUAACUUUUGUUCAGAGAGAGACUACAGUACAUGUACUUGAUGCAUUAUUUUUAUUUUUUUAAGUGAAAUAUUCACCUAAAAAAAGGCAGAAAGUUGAUUAAAAUCUGGGGAUUUUCAUUAGGGUGAAUGUGCUCAAAAGGUGCCUUGUGUUAAAUGUAUGCAAAAAGAAAAAGCUGCUAAGACCUUUUUGAAAUACUGAGCACAACUAUAAUAUAGAAAUGUUGCAUCAUUCCAGUCAAUUACAAAAGAGCCUUUUUGAUCCAAGCUGUAUCUUGUGCUCUUACUCCUAAUGAAAAGAUAUGACAUUUAAAUGAGUGGCCAAAAUAGAAAAAAAUGAUGCUGCCACAGCCAGCAUUAGAAUUCCCAAAACAGAUGUAAUUCUCUUUGUAUAUAAAGUGUAUAAUGCUGUAAACUGUUAUACCAAAUUGCUUUACACGAUCAAAUCAGUGUUUCAGGACUGGCUAUAUCAGAUGCUUGUUUGAUUGUAUUUAAUGGAGACUAGUUUCCAUGCCAGUGCAAACAGCAGAACUAAAUGAGCAUGAAUGUCUGGUACUGAACACUUUUAACUUAAUCCUAAAUUGCAUUUACUUUCAUAAUUACUUAGUCUUGUAUAUAUAUUUUUUUUUACCUUUUUUGUACCAUAUACUGUAAAAAGGUCACCCCUAUACAUUGAUCUCGGCAAAACAGUGUGCACAAGACCCAAAUCACAGUUAAUUGUGCUACCUGUCAGUUAUUUUAAAAAUGGAGAGAACCAAGAAUGAGUUCUAAACUAUAAACAGGAUGGAGCUCUUUCUAAAGAAAUGUCAGCCUUGUGAUUUUUUGAUGCAACACGUAGAGAAGUAAGGCAUCUGCAUGUGAGGAUAAAUAGACCGCUUUAUGCUUCAAAGGGGCUUUUCAAAGUGGCAUUUCCCUACUAAUCAUUAGCUGGUAUUUAUUUUAUGUAAAGAAGAAAUAAAGGUUAUUUCACAAUUCGAUGAUUAACCGAUGUAGCUUAUUCACAUUUAGGACAUGCUGUAUGAAUACUAUGCUGUAUAACCAAUCUGUGUAAGGGCCCUUUCCUAAUUGACCAUGUUCAAUGUUUCACAGCAAUUUUAUGUGUAAGUCAGAUAAUGAAAUAAUUUGGGAACAGUGUAAAACUUGAGACUGGAUCUAAAUGUUAAUUAUUCAGAUCAAGUUCUCUCAGUUAGGACAUAUACUGCACUGUGGUUGAGAUACGAGGCAUUGUAAAGCCUUGCUCUGCAUAGGAAAAUAAUGUGUUUGUGCUUUGCCAUGAAUCUUCUCUCGCAUAUAAUGUAUGUGAUUAUUAUAACAAAUUAGAUAGCAUCCUUUUUUUUUCUCUGUCUACUUUAGAUUUUUGUAUUAUUAUUAUUAUUAUUAUUAUUAUUAUUAUUAUUAUUAUUAUUAUUAUUAUUAUUAUUAUUAAUAAUAAUAAUAAUAAUAAUAAUAAUAAUAAUAAUAAUAAUAAUAAUACCUCCUUUUCAAAAAGGAGGUACACGAAAGCUUUCAUUUGUAUUCAUUUUGUAUGGUAUAAUAUUGGGGACAAAAAGGUACUUUAUUAUGUCAUUGAUGCUGAGGCUGAAAAAUCUUGGUGCAGAAGGAACAAAACGAACCUCAACAUGGUAAAUAGCUGUUUUAUAUUUCCAGAAGUAAUAUAAACAGCAUUUAAUUAGGAGAUGCCACAUAUUAACUUUUUCGAGUGUUUACAUUAUAUACCAAAUCAUUUUGUUUUGCCUUUGAUUGAUUGUUGCCAGAUGAAUUCGAAAUUGUUGUAUAACACGAAGAAUAAUUAUUUUCUCAUCUUUAAUACGUAUUUUUAUCACAUGUUGUAUUAAAUGUAAUAAAGAAUUUGAUCUUUA